UUCAUUGCGCGCCAAAACUAACACCUCGUUAUUACUGUAAAUAUUAUUAAUUUUCAGCAAUAGAUAAUGUUUGAAAAAUUUCUAAUUUUAACUUAAUAACUAAACAAAACUGUUUAUCAUUUGAUGUUUGAACGAAAAUAACUUUUGUUAGAAAAUAUUUGCAGCUACCAGAUCUUUGCUUAUUUUGGGUGUAUAUGAAACUUGACUAGGAAUAUGCCUUCAUCUGGAGAGAAAAAUGCUCCAGUACCUUUGAAAAAUAUGGAUAUAAAGUCAGCAUUAUCAAUGGCUGCCAAUCGUAAGAGAAAAGCUUCAUCCUCUUCUGUGCCAAAAAAUCAGUCUAAAAAUUUGAAAUUAGCUGAUGAUAAAAGUGAUGAUAUAAUUGAAAUUGUGGAUGAUAAUGUAGAAAUCUCAGCAGAAAGCAAGGAGAAUACUGAUUUAAAUACUACAGACCCACAGAACACUUUACAAUCUGGUCGAAAGGUAACUUCAGAAGAUUUAGAUGCUGAAAAUAAGGAGGUGUGUUCAGAAAAAGAAAUUGAAAAAGAUUCAAGCAAUGAAAGCAUGGAUGAAGAUACUGCUAGCUCUAAUGAAUUGAACUCUUCAAAUUUGAAUAAUUCUUUAAAUAUUAGUGAACUCUCUGAAAAUGUUGAAAGUCAGAAUAAAACUGAAAGUGAUCUCAAUACUUCUGUGGACUGUAACAGAUUAGCUUCUUCUGAGUCUAAAUCUAAAAAAAGUUUAGAAAACAAUCAAACAGAUUCUAAGUCAAAAAAGAAGAAGAAGAUGACUCCAGAAGAAGCAAAAGCUCGAGCUGCAGAGAGAGAACAAAAACAGCAAGAAAGACUUCUUAAAAAGCAAGAAUUGGAGACUCAAAAGAAACAAAAGAAAGAAGAAAUGGAGAGGCGCAGAUUACAGAAGGAACAAGAAAAACGUGAAAAGGAAGAAGAAAAGAAAGAAAAAGAGCGUAUAAGACUGGAAAAAAAAGAGCAGGAGGAAAAGGAAAGAUUACAAAAGUUAAAAGAAAAAGAAGAAUUGAAAAAGCAGCGUCAGUUAAUGCUUGAACAAAAACAAGAAGAGAAAAAGAGAAAAGAAGAAAUGCGCCUCAAGCGUGAGGAAGAGAAGAAAAAAGCCGAAGAAGAAAAAAAGAAAGCAGAAUUAGAAAAAGAACAAAAAGAAAAAGAGAAACAAGAGAGAGCCAAGGCUGCUUUUUUUAAGUUCUUUAAAAAAACUAUGCCUACUACUCCUGCACCACAGCCCACUGAGUCUGAAGGAGCUUUUAAACCAUUUCAAGUUACUGAAGAUAUGACUCUGGCCCCUGUGGUGCCUGCAGCAGCCCAAGAGAGAUUUGAUAAAGAGAAGUUAGACCGUGCCUUACUGCAACAGGAUGAAAAGAAAUUGUAUUUAGAUAUGUUAAAAUCUGGGAAUUAUAAAGAUGUGAGGCAAAGGAAAAGGUUGCGGCAACAAAGGGUAUCUGAUGCAGAUGCUCUUGUCUUAGAUAAGGAAGCAGCAUAUGAGUUAUUCUUUACUGCUAAAUUACUCCAGUUUUGUGAAAAUGUUCGUCCUCCAUAUUGGGGUACAUGGAGGAAAAAAAGCAAAGUUGUCGGUCCUAGGAGGCCCUUUGCCCAAGAUAAUAUUUUUGAUUAUGAAGUAGACAGUGAUGAUGAAUGGGAUGAAGGUGGACCCGGUGAAAGUCUUUCAGGAACAGAGAAUGAAAUUGAGAGCGAGGAUGAUUAUGAAGUAGAUAAUGAAUUCUUUGUGCCUCAUGGAUAUCUCUCACCAGAAGAAGAAAAGGAAGAGGAUGAAGUAAAUGAGGUUGUGAAUGAUCCUGAGAAGCAGCAAGCUAUGCUGAAACAGAAACAACAAGAAUUUGAAUCAGAAAGGAAGAAGAAAACCACCGAGUUAAAGCCCAUUAUAUUAGGUUGUUUUUUUGAAAAUGUUCCUGAGUUACAAGAUAAUGGUCUUCGAUCCUUCUUCCUUACAUAUAGUGCAGAGAUUUUAUCUGAAACUCCAAUACCAACUCGUUUUACUGUAAAGAAGCUGCAAGCUGAGUCUGCACCAUCUUCAACUGCAAAUAGUCCAAUAGCUGGGAAUUUGAAAAAGAAUUCUGUUCCAGAAGAAGCUAUGCCACAUUUAAUCCGCCUUCUUCAUGGCAAUGUGAAUAGCCGUGAAACUUUAAUAAAAGAAUUUCAAUCUUUCUGGCAAACUGCUUCAAAUUCAGAGAACACCUCACCAGUUAAAGUUGAAUUAGUAAAUGAAUCUGCUGGAAGAAAGACACCUACUCCUGAAAUGACUCCUGAACCUCCUACUUCAGAUAAAAACAUUUCAAAACGUCAAUUAAAUAUGACAAUUAAGAAAAUCUCUACCUAUGGUAAGUGUCCCAAUCCAGCCCAAAAGAAGCAUUGUUGGUGGGUGCAAGAUGAAGUUCGUGAAAAAUAUGGACUGCUAGAUAUUCCAAUUCCUAAUGAAUGGGUUAUGAGUUCUACUUCUGCAAAUGAGAGUGAGUCGUCAUCAAAUGUGAAAAAUGUUACUUCAAUAAAAGAGUUCUUAAUACCAUAACUUAAAUUAGCAUAUUAUUUAUAUCUUACAUUUAUAUAUCUAUGAUUGGCUCACUUAAUUCUUACAAUGCUCAUGGAAUUAUAUUUCCAUUUUAUGUACUUUAUUCAAGGUAAUUUAAUUUCAUCUUGUACUCAUUACUUUGUAUGUAAUGGUUCAUUUUCACCUGGUUACUUUGCUGAAAGUAAUUUAACUUUUUUCUUAGGUGUAUUGUAUUAGAUUUAGUUAAUUUUAUCUUCUGCAAAGUAUAUAAGAAAAAUGCUUUCUACCAUAUGAAAUUUCAAAAGAAAAUCUGAUGCACUAUCCAAUGACUCAAUCAUAAAAAUGUAAAUUGAAUUUUUUCAUAGUACUAAGUUAUUCUCUAAGUGAAAGUUCUCUGGGAAAAGAUUUAAAAAAAAAUCUAAUUUAUUCUCUGAGAAAAGAUUAAAAGGGGAUUUUUUUCCCCUUUCAUUGAGGCAGAAUUUAAACUUUCCAUUAUCAUGAUUUCUAAAUAUUCUUGCAUUUUAAGUAUAACUAAAUUAAUAUACUUUUUAAAUUUUAUUAUUUGAUCAUAAUGCAUGUAUUUAAUAUGCACAAAUGAAAUCAUAACAGAAAAUUGCAAUACUAGUCUAUUUUAAUAUUUGAGAAUAUGACCGAGAUUUUGAGCUUAAAUAUUCCUCAAAAUACAAGUUGGAUGGUAACAGUAUUUAACAAAGUAUAAAAAGUUUAACUCAAAAACACUAUUCAUGAAAAAAUUCUGUGAUUUUUAAAAUUAUUAUUUAAUGCAAUUUAUUUUUUAAUAAAAAAAAGACAUUUUAUGAAAUACAUUUUAUAAUGAUUAUGAAUGUGUGUUAUUGAAUUAGAUUUAUAUCCUCAAAGUAUUUUUUGAACAUUAGAUUCAGUAGUUUUAGGCAAUAAAAGAAGUAGCAUUAAUUUUUUUUUAUAAAUAAGUAAAUAAAUAAAGAAUUUAUUAGGGAGGGGGAGAAAAAAAAUAUUUCUUUCAGCUACAGAAUGAUGCAUUUCAUCUUGUGCAGUAAUAACAUUUUUUUGGCUUUACUUCAUAAAAUUUUUUAUUAGUUAAAAAUAUCUAAGAAGUUAUCAAAAUUUAAUAUAUAUCUAACCACUUAACUGUACAUGAUUUGAGUUACUUUAAAAUUAAGUUUAUAUUAUAAGCUAUACUAUAGAUACCAUUGUAAGGAUUAACUUAUUUUUGAAAUUUUUUCUUUUUUAAUGUGUUAGCAUAUAAGUAUGGUAAAUUUUGUGUCUGUAAGUCUUGAAUUCAUUUAAUUUUUUUUAAUAUUAAUCAAAUUUAAUAUAUUUUAAAAUCGUAAAAUCAAACUGAAAGCGGAUUCUUUACAUUUUGUUUGUUUUGAAUAUAAAAAAUACAUUUUAUUUAAUUAUACUGUAAUCCGUUUUAUUUGUGUUUUAAAUACCUAAAUAAUUGUUCAAUUAUUAAUAUUGAAAAAUCUCUUUUAAUAUAUUUUUGUAUUAUCUACAUUUAAAUCAAGGACCCAAAAAUGUUAGUUCUGUAGCAAGGAAAUUUAAAUUCAUUCACAUGUUUCUGAUUUAAAGGGGCUGGAUUUUUUCAGGUAGAGAAAUUUUACAUUUAAUACUUGUUCAAUGCUUGUAUUUUUAAGUCAUUUGUCAUUUUAUAUCACUUUUUAACAUCCUUUUUGGAACAUUUUUUAAAGUUGUAUAUGUAAGUUUAAUUCCGAUGUAGAUUUCUUGUAGUUGUUGACUGUCUAAAGUGUAUAUUUAGUUUGAUGGAAUUCAUAAUACAUGUGAAACAAGCUUAUAGGUCUUUAAAUAAUUUAUCAUUGCUCUGUAAAGCAUGAAAUUAUCAAUGUGUAUAAUUUUGAUUCUACGUGCCUUUGUUUGUCAGGUGCAGUGAAUAAAAUUUUAAUUUUCUGGA